AUGCAAGGUGUCCCCGUUUUUUGCUGCGAAGGAGGCCCUGCCGCCCUUCCGACGGCGCCCGGGCCUCGCCCCCGCCGCACCCCGACUCGAGGCCUCCUGCAGGGGACGCCCCUGCCGUCCUCGCGCCCCCAGGGGACUCGGAGGGCGCGCCCCUGGCCCUCGGCGCCCGAGGAGCGUUCAAACCUCGCGCCUCCGUCGCCGUGCUGCGCAGGGCGAGCUGAGGCGACGUCGGAGGCGAGGCCCCGCGCCUCGGCCCCGACGCCGUGGAGGCCGAGGCCGGGCCUGGAGGCGAGGGCGCCGAGGCCGAGUGUUGGAGGAGCAAGGGCGUGCGAGGCCCGGCGUCCCCCGAGGUCGGCCGAGGCCGGGGUCGGCGCCGUCGGUCGGGCCGCAGUCAGCUUUACGGCAGCGCGUCGGCUCGGGUCGGGCGGCGUCGGGCGCGCUCGGGCGGCGCGGCGGCCAAUGGGCGCGGCGCGGGCGAGCACGUGA